GUGUCAAUACCUCGAUGGUAUUUACUUUUAGCCUCUUUCUUCUCACUUUUACCUUGAUUUAGAACAAGAUAGGAAAGUAAGCUGAUACUUGAUAUGAGGUGGUAACGUGGGAUCCUGCUCUUCGUUGGUGAUGGUGAACAGCGCUGCCAUGGGCGAUAAAGAUCGCCGGAUUACCCAGCUUUCGGAGGAAGUAAGGCGGAUGAAGUCAGAAGAUCAGCUAAAGUCGGAGCAAAUCAGACUUCUUUUGACCAAGAAUAAGAGGCUCCAAGAGCAGUUGGAUAAAUCAAAAGCAAAAGUAGCGGAGCUAAAUAUAGCGGGAGUAGCAGUGGCGGGAGGAGGAGGAGGAGGAGGGGGAGGAGGAGGAGGAGGGGUGAGUCUGAAUACUAUUAGUGAAGAGACGGGAGGAGAUGGGGAUAAGACAGAGAAGAAAUUACCUCCUGCGUCCAACAACAACAACAAUGCCAGCACGCGACAGAGGGCCCAGGGUAUCUCGGGAGAAAGUAAGAAGGUUGAGGACAUCUACAUGAACCUUCAGGACUUUGAGAAGACAGAUGAGGAAAAGAGCUCGAUUGAAAAAGCAUUGCUUGGAAAUGUGUUCAUGAAAAAUCUAAAAGAAUAUCACAUAUCGGAGAUAGUGAGGUGCAUGUAUCCAGUUGAUUAUAAUGAGGGUGACAUGAUUAUUACUGAGGGCACCAGCGGAGAUGUCCUAUACGCUUUACAAGAGGGACGAGUGGAGGUACAGAAAGAGGGCAAGAAGUUAGCCCAGUUCGGAGGUCCCACUGUAUUUGGAGAGCUUGCUAUCCUCUAUAAAUGCCCUCGAACUGCAUCAAUUCUAGUGAUUUCAUCCAAAGCUAAAGUAUGGGCAAUAUCUCGGGAUACUUACCAAACUAUCAUGAUGAAAGAUGGGAUUCAGAGACAGAUGGAUGCUCUCAAGGUUAUAAAUAAUGUCCAGUUGUUAAAGAAACUGCCAGAAUCCAUGAAAAUGAAGUUAUCGUCGAGUCUCGUCGAGGAAACGUACUCGAAAGGCGAAUACAUAAUCAGACAAGGGUCGAUAGGUGACACGUUCUUCAUCCUUAACGAUGGUGAAGUGCUGAUAACAGUGAUAAAAGAACCCGGCCAACCAGCAGUACCCAUCAGGACUCUACAGAAAGGAGCUUACUUUGGGGAGGUCGCUCUCCUCAGGGAGGAGCCGAGAACAGCGAAUGUGAUCGCCGUGACUGAUAAGGUGGUCUGCUACGUGGUUGAGAGGGAAAAGUUCAUGAAGCUGAUCGGAGGGCUGGAGUUUGAGAAAUAUAAUGAUAACGAUAUCGAUAUCGGUGACAAAGACAAAGAUUCGGACCCCGAGCAAGAAGAGGAAAGAGAAAGAUACGACAACUUCAAACUAACCGAUUUUAAGAGGGUGGCUACCUUAGGAGUAGGGGGAUUCGGCAGAGUCGACCUGGUGAAACACAGAUCAGGAGGGCAGACGUACGCUCUGAAGUCGCUGAAGAAGCAACACGUGGUGGAUACCAAGCAGCAAGAGCACGUGGUGGCGGAGGCGAACAUCAUGAGGACUUGCAGGUCACCGUUUGUGGUACGGUUAUACAAGACGUAUAAAGACUCCAGAUUUGUGUAUAUGUUACUGGAGGUCUGUCUUGGAGGUGAACUCUGGACUAAACUUAGAGACAUGCAGCAGUUUGACGAGCACACGGCUAAAUUCGUGGUCGGUUGUGUGGUAGAAGGACUGAACUACUUGCACUCUAAAGGAAUCGUUUACCGAGAUCUCAAACCGGAGAAUUUACUUCUGGACGAGCGGGGAUAUGUCAAGAUUGUCGACUUUGGGUUUUCAAAAAAGAUUGGUUUCAGACAGAAAACGUGGACAUUCUGUGGCACUCCAGAAUAUGUGUCACCUGAGAUUAUUCUGAACAAGGGACAUGAUCUGUCAGCAGAUUUCUGGUCUCUGGGAAUUUUGAUAUUCGAAAUACUGACUGGAAAUCCACCAUUUUGCGGAUCUGAUGGGAUGAAAACAUACAACCUCAUACUCCAAGGCAUCAACAUGAUAUCUUUCCCCGUGACCAUGAGUAAGGGUGCUGUCAACAUCAUCAGAAAACUCUGCAGGGAGAACCCAGCAGAAAGGUUGGGAUAUCAGAAGAAUGGAUUCAGGGAUAUCAAAAAACAUUUGUGGUUCCAGGGAUUAAACUGGGAGUCCCUUCGGUUGCAGACGACCCAGCCCCCAAUUGUACCAAACAUAAAGAGUAAAGACGACCAUUCCAACUUCGACCCAUACCCUGACGACGACGAUUAUCCACCAGAGGAAUUUAGUGGGUGGGAUGCAGAUUUUUAAGGCACCACACUAUAACUCACAACUGAUCAGAAUAUAAAGUGAGCUCUGCGAGUCAAGAAAUAAAGAAAUUAUGAUAUCAGGCUCGCGAUAAACGUCUUUUUCCCGAUACUGUGUAUUACGGUGGAUAUAGCUUGUGUCGAAUCAAAUAUUUCAGCAAGUUUUUGGAAGUAGUAAGAGUACUGAUUAUAAUUUGGAGUAGGUUGGAGUCGUUUUAUUAGUGGUCGAUAUAAGAUUACGUAUUUGUUUACUUUGAUUGAUUCUAAUUUAAACUUAAUAAAUGAUAUAAAUUCAUAUAUUUUUCCUCGUACAAGAAUCUAUAGUCAUAGAUGAGGGACAACUUACAUUUUAGAGUUUUUUGUUGUUGUACUCUUCAUGAGGGAUUGCAAUGUCAAUUUUUACCCUUGUGUUCAUGAAACCUUCAUCUGAGACAGCAAGUUAGGUAGAAUAAAAAUAAAAUAGCAUAAAAAUUUUCCUCCUUCCUUUGUGAUAUUUCAUUUAAUUUGAGAUGGACGUUAUUGAAUUUGAUUGAUUAUUGAUCCGUUAUGAACUAUUGUUUUUAAUCAUCUUAAUAACUGAACACACG